UCCCUCUCCCUCGUUACACUUUCAGCUCCGCAUCCCACCCACCAAAAUCCCUCCUCUCUUUAUAUAUUCAAACUCCUGGCUGGUUCAGAGAAGUGAUACUGAUCAUGGAGACGACGACUACAGCUGCAAAGGCGUCAGUGGCGAUACUGCAACCGGAAAAAGAGAAGAAACUGAAGAUGAUGGUGUGCAUUGAUGACAGUGAAGAGAGCUUCUAUGCACUAAAAUGGAGUCUCGAUAAUCUAUAUUGUAUCGCCGGCUUAACUGCGGGACCAAGCCAGGAUGGCUCCGACGGCUGCAAGCUCACUAUUGUUCAUGUUCAACAUCCUUUUCAGCACUUCCUCUUCCCCGCCGGUCCCGGUGCUGCAACAUCUUAUGCAACACCUUCAAUGGUGGAAUCUGUGAGGAAAGCCCAGGAAGAAAAUUCUGCUGCUCUACUAUCCCGUGCGCUACAGAUGUGCUAUCAUAAGCUGGUGAAAGCAGAAACUCUGAUUCUGGAAGGAGAUCCCAAGGACAUGAUUUGUCAAGCUGCAGAACAAAUGCACAUUGAUCUUCUUGUUCUGGGAAGCCGCGGCCUCGGCAAGAUUAAAAGAGCUUUUUUGGGCAGUGUAAGUGACUAUUGUGCGCACCACGCGGUGUGCCCUAUUACCAUCGUGAAGCCGCCCAAGGGACAAACCAAGAAGGAGUAGUAGUAGUAGUGGUAAUAUUUGUAAGAGCUGUGGAGUAUAUACACCGAGUUUCUGAUUUGAAUAAGUAAUACGGUUGUGUUUGUCUGUGCAAUAUAAGGCAUGUAUGUGUGAGCUUCAUUUGUGUAAUAAUGGAUGGCACAGUUUCAGUUAUUGAUAAGCUCUUUCAUGGGUUAAGAUA